GGCAGUGUCAACAGAGCACAGUGGCGUGUGGACGGACAGUAGCAGCACUUUGAAACAAGGACUCAAACUCCGACCAGCCGUCUAUCAACAUGAACACCGAGCCUGUUGUCAUCGUCUCUGCUGCACGGACACCAAUUGGGUCCUUGAACGGUUCUCUGUCCACGGUGCCUGUGCAUGACCUGUGUUCAGUGGUGAUCAAGGACACUCUGAAGCGGGCUGGGGUGAAACCAGAAGAGGUCUCUGAGGUUAUCAUGGGACAUGUCCUAACAGCAGGUCAUGGGCAGAACCCGGCACGACAGGCCAGUGUUGGGGCAGGUAUCCCCUAUCCUGUUCCAGCGUGGAGCUGCCAGAUGGUGUGUGGCUCUGGGCUGAAGGCUGUGUGUCUGGCAGCUCAGUCCAUCCAGUCUGGAGAGUCCACUGUAGUGGUGGCAGGGGGCAUGGAGAGCAUGAGCAGGGCUCCUCACACAGUGCAGAUGAGAGCAGGAAUCAAGAUGGGCGAUGGCUCCCUGCAGGACUCGAUGGUGGCUGACGGCCUGACAGAUGCCUUUCACGGCUACCACAUGGGCAUCACAGCGGAGAAUGUGGCGAAGCAGUGGGGUGUCAGUCGAGAGGAGCAGGACCGGUUUGCUGUCCAGUCCCAGAACAGAACAGAGGCUGCGCAGAAAGCAGGACAUUUUGAUCAGGAGAUUGUCCCUGUCAUGGUGCCAUCCAGAAAAGGGCCAGUGGAGGUGAAGGUUGAUGAGUUUCCUCGCCACGGCAGCAACAUGGACAGCAUGUCCAAACUCAGACCCUGCUUCAUUAAGGACAGCAGUGGCACUGUCACAGCUGGAAAUGCCUCAGGUAUAAAUGAUGGAGCGGCAGCGACUGUCUUAAUGAGCCAGUCGGAGGCUGCAAGGCGUGGCAUUAAACCAAUGGCCAGAAUCGUAUCGUGGGCUCAAGCUGGUCUUGACCCUUCUAUCAUGGGAACCGGACCAAUACCAGCCAUCAGGAAAGCGGUUGAGAAAGCGGGCUGGCAGCUGGACCAGGUGGACUUAUUUGAAAUCAAUGAAGCAUUUGCUGCCCAGUCAAUUGCUGUGGUCAAAGAGCUUGGCCUGAAUGUAGACAAGGUGAAUGUGAGUGGCGGUGCUAUUUCUCUGGGCCAUCCCAUUGGUAUGUCUGGCUGCAGAGUGCUGGUGACCCUGCUGCACGCACUGCAGAGGACUGGAGGACAUAAGGGAGUGGCAUCUCUCUGCAUUGGAGGAGGAAUGGGCAUUGCCAUGUGCGUGGAGAGGGUGUGAGAUCAUUAUCUAAUGCUGCUUUAUCACUUGCACUCAGUUCUUUUAAACAGAUAAGGGAUAUUGAAACUCAUUGUUUACACUGCAGGAUAUGAUAUAAAAUGGUACCGGUUUACUUGGGUUCUUCCAGUCACUGUACUUGAGGUAAAAGUGGUAUGACUGUAUGUUGUAAUUGUUUGAUAUUCAACAGCUUGCCAUUCUCACUGUGAACUUUCUCAGGAUCUAGCUGUUAAGCAUCUGGCUUAAUGUUAGGACUUCUAUCAUAAGUCCAGCUUAACAAACAAAUAGUAUCUUAAAAUUGUUCCUACAACUUGGUGUUGCUCCCAGAUCUGCACCAUACUGCAGUCAGUAGUUAAGAAUGGAAGUUUUCCUUUAAAAAACCAGCUGCUUUCAGUUAACCAUACAACUGAUAAAGUCACACACUAAACCUGUACAGGCAAAGCUUUAGAUCCAAGUAUGGAUAUGCUGUUUUCUCUGUAAAGAAAAGUUUUUAAAUUGUGGUGUAAUUUAUUGAAUUGUAGUAGUUAUAUUCAGUCGAUAGAUCUUGCUUGCUCUAAAAACCUGAUACUGAUUAACAUUCCAAUAGCUUACCAUGUGGAACUCGACCUUCUUUCUCUGAUCAAUUGAGCAGACAGCAGCCUUGAAACAAAGCUAAGUGCCAUAAGGUUAAGUAUGCUAGCCUUCUCUAACCUAGUGCUUCCUGUACAAAGUCAGAUGUUUGUGACAUUGUUUCCUGUAACCUAGCUGUUUGACAUCAAUAAAUAACUGAAAGCAUGGAGUCAAAACCUUUU